ACAACUUAAAUUGUGUUUCAUGUACUGCUCUAUGUUUCCAAAGAGCCAUGUCAUAGAUCAUGACUGCUUGAUCCAGCAAUGGAUUGCUUUAGGGUUUGUUCAAGAUACAGAUGGGCAACCACGUCAGAAAGUUGCUACGGAAUAUGUUAAUGAAUUAUUGGGGAUGUCCUUCCUUACAAUGUCCACUUCUUCUACAGUGUUCGCUGCAAGGAUGAUAUUCAAACCCACACUCAGACUUCACAUGCAUGAUAUGGUACAUGAGCUUGCAAGACAUGUUGCUGGUGAUGAAUUCUCUUACACCAAUGGUACAGCAGACAGAAAUACUAAGAGGAACAAAUUAGAUUUCCACUAUCAUUUAUUAUCAACUCAAAACGAGACAUCAUCAGCCUAUAAGUCAAUGGGAACAAAGGUUAGGGCCCUGCAUUUUAGGAGAUGCGAUAAUAUGCACCUUCCUAAGCAAGCAUUCUCACACUCAUUGUGUUUGCGAGUUUUGGAUUUGGGUGGAUGCCAUAUGUCAGAGCUACCAAGUUCUGUUUAUAAACUAAAGCUAUUAAGAUAUCUUGAUGCAUCUAGCCUUCGCAUCUCAAACUUGCCUAAAUCCUUGAAUCGUCUUCUGAACUUGCAAACCUUGAUACUUCCAAAUACUUCCCUAACGAUAUUGCCCACAAAUAUUGGUUGCCUCCAAAAGCUUCAAUACUUUGACCUAUCAGGGUGUGCCAACCUUAAUGAGCUUCCUACCUCUUUUGGGAAGCUUACUAAUCUUCUCUUCCUAAACUUAGCAAGUUGCCACGAAUUACAGGUGCUUCCAAACUCCUUUGGCAAUCUGAAUAGUCUUCAGUUUCUGAGCCUAUCAGAUUGCUACAAACUCAACUCACUACCAGAAUCUUGUUGUCAACUUCAUGAUCUUGCACAUCUUGAUCUGUCGGAUUGCCAUAACCUUGGAAAGCUCCCAGAUUGCAUUGAUCAACUUUCUAAGCUUGAGUAUUUGGACAUGACAAGCUGUUCCAAGGUUCAAGCGUUGCCUGAUUCUCUAUGCAAACUCACGAUGUUAAGACAUCUAAAUUUGUCAUUUUGUACAAGGCUAAAACGUCUGCCCUCCCGUAUUGGUGAUUUACAGCUUCAAAGUUUAGACAUUCGAUGCUCUAUUUCCCUUGAGGACCUGCUGGAUAGCAUUUUUAAUAUGUCCACACUUAAAGAUUUUGAAGAAACAAUUGUAUUUGACGUAUCUGAGUCUAAGUUAGAAGAACUGAGGAACAAUCUAAAAUUGGAAAGGUUCUGUAAGCUCGAUGGGGGAAGCGCUGAUCUCUGGAGUCGGAUUGAGGAACUAAAAAAGACACACUGCCGUAAACUAGAGAUACAAGGUCUCGGGGAUUUUAAUCUUUCUGAAGGGAUAGAGCAUGCUAAACUGCUCAACAGCUUGAAGCUUACAUGUUUGAUUCUUUCAUGGCAGCAGCUGGAGGAUACAGAUGAAACGGUUCAUCACAAAGAGGUGCUUGGGAUGCUCGUGCCUCCUAGAAGUCUCCAUGAAUUUAACAUCAAUGGCUAUUAUGGCAUCGAGUUACCUAAGUGGAUGCUGGAAAUUCGUUCCUACCUACCUCAUCUUACAAUCAUCCAUCUUUCCAAUCUGAUGGAAUGCAACCGCCUCCCUCCACUUGGGUGCCUGCCAAACCUGAGAUUAUUGGGAAUGACUAACAUUCUCAAAAUCAAGAGUGUUGGGCCAGAAUUUUAUGGGGACUACGGAAGCUGCCAGAAGCUAAGAAUAAUUGGCUUGUAUUCAAUGGACAAUUUGGAAGAGUGGUGGACAACUAGAUCAUCUAAACAAGAGAAUGAAUUCUUAGUCCCUAAUUUGCAUGUGUUGUAUGCUGAAGAUUGUCCAAAGCUGAAGUUCCUGCCUUAUCCCCCAAAGAGCAUGACAUGGUUAAUAGAGAAUGGCUAUCAUGUGUUUCCAGACCAUGGGUUUGGGAACCUUGCAUCUGCUACUUCUCCAGUUUCUCUUUACAUCAGUCGUGUACCCAAUUCUUCUGAAAUGUGGCGUAGGGCUCAGCAUCUCUCUUCAAUUGAGGCUCUUUGCAUUCAGUCUAUAGCUGGUCUUACAACCCUACCGGAGGCUAUGCAGUGCUUCACGUCCCUCCUGAGACUUAGGAUAGAGGAAUGUGGUGAGCUGGAGACACUGCCAGAAUGGCUAGGAGAUUAUUUCACUUGCUUGGAAAAGAUUGCAAUCGACGCUUGCCCAAUGCUGUCUUCGCUACCGGAAAGCAUACAGCAUCUUCGUGAGCUGAAGAAGCUACUGAUCACCGGCUGCCCUGCACUGUCAAACAAGUACCAAGGAGAGGACAGGGACAAGAUUGCUCAUAUUCCAGAAGUCAUAUUCCAGUAACGACAGAAGAUCCCACCUAGAUCAAUAUAUGCCAAGACAUAAUGUAACAUGCAUGGUUGGCGGACACUGUUUAAGUUUUAAUUUUUUUUAAAGGCAAUUGGACCAGGGUAAAGCAAAAGCCGCUGCAUGCCCAUAAAUAUUUACUACAUUGCUGCUUGCACCAACAGACUCUCUUGGAAGAAACGAAGGCUCGGCUCAGUUGCCAUUCCUCACAUUCGGUGGUUGCUUACCAGACAGGAUUAAAUCUGGAGAUCUGAGUCAGUAGGACAAGGAAGGAAGCAGAUAGGUCUAAAUGCUUGAAUUCAGAUAUCUUCUGGCCCAUUGUAAUGGUUGUGAUAACCAAUUGGUGGAUUGUUUGAUGGCAACAGAAUACUACAUUUGCUUGUCUGUAAUCACAUCAUUCAAUGUCAGCGAUGAAUAUCUGAUACCCAAGAGGCUGCUGUAUGAAAAAAGAAUAUAAAUAUCUUGUCGAUUGCAAUGUUGCAAGCACAUCCAUUACAGAGGACGCUCUGAUUGGUCCUGAACUCGAUCUAACACAACGGUGCUUUCUCAGAAAGAAAAAAGAGGGGGAAAAAUCCUGAGCCUGGCAAGAACAGCUAAAUACAAGCCCUGAACUCUUGAAGGGUACCUGGUACCUUAGCAAUUUCACUCCCUUUUGCCCUGUUUUCAUGAGUCAUCAAGAGGAGACAUAUCAUGCCAUCCUGAAUCUUGGGAGCGUGUGGGUGUGCGUGUGUUUCAUCUUUGUCCUAUGAAGGUUAGGUUAGGUACUUGGCUCUUCAAUUUUGACCUGUCUGUAUUUCUGUAUGGUGGCAGGUCAUCAAGAAUUUCUUGGAAUCUUGCAAGUUGUGAGCUUCACUUGUUCUUAAUUACCCACUUUUUAGGCAGUAUUGUUACCAUAUAUACUAAUAGAGAUGACACGAUGAUGAACUGACCAUUCAUGUCUCUUUUCUUAAGUGAUCAUCCAUGACUCU